GGUCGAUGGUGCACGUAGCAUCAAGCCUCCUGUGUUCAAUUGACCUGUAUCAUUGUGAGGUAGACGAUAAACGCCAUCCUUCCCUCCCACCGAAUCUGUCACUAUAAGACCCUUUAUUCUGCCGAACAUUCGAUACUUACACCGAAGCGACUGUCACAAACUCAUUGUAGCAAUAUGGUCCCCUCUCUCACCAGGCCACAAGGCCAGCUAUCACCUGCUGAAGCUCUCCACCUUGCGCAACAAGCUCCCAUCAUCUUGAAGCGCAACCCCAAGGCCUUCUCGGCUUCUCCUCUUGUAUCACUCUUUUCGGCAGCCGAAACACCUGAGCUAUGGACGAUCUACGAAAACCUCAUUAUCACAUGUCUUCGAACAGGCGACGACGAUUCAGCUCAUCUGUGCCUGGAAAGGUUGUUAUUGCGUUUCGGCGAUGAGAACGAACGCGUCAUGGCACUCAAGGGAUUGAUCAAGGAGGCGGAGGCGACAAACAACAGCGAGCUUCAGGAAGUGCUGAAGGAAUACGAGGAUCUUCUGCAGCAGGAUGGAACAAACAUUUAUAUUGCGAAGCGACGAGUGGCUCUUUUGCGAUCCAUGGGAAAGACAACGGAGGCAAUCGCGGCUCUAGUAUGGUUGCUCGAGUUCAACCCUACAGAUGCCGAGGCCUGGUCUGAGCUAUCGGACCUCUACCUUUCUCAAGGCCUGUACUCCCAAGCUAUCUACGCUAUGGAAGAGGUUCUUGUGCUAGCACCAAAUGCGUGGAACUUGCACGCAAGGCUAGGCGAGGUGACGUUGAUGGCAGCCAACGAAACAAGUGAUGGAUCUCCUCAGAAGUACCUGGCGAGCUCGGUAAAGCGAUUUUGCCGAAGCAUUGAGCUUUGCGAAGACUAUCUCCGGGGCUAUUAUGGCCUGAAGAAGGUCACUGAUAAGAUUCUGGCUGAAUAUGCCAAGCUCAAGAAGCAAUCAGAGAGUGAUGAGUUCUCUCUGCCAGACCAGCAGACUCUUACAAAAUUGAACCAGGCAGCCACAGCGAAGCUAGCGGAGAUCGUUCGUCGAUAUGGGGCUCGGGAACCCCUGUGGCAAGGAUACAAUGCAGACGAGAUUGCUGCGGCUCGCGAGCUUCUUGACAAGUCAUCGGCAGAGGUCGUCCGGUGAGCGACGCAUACAGCACAUAAGAGUCUCGCCCGAUGACAAGGCAAACUUGCUGCAUUGCGAUGCUGUGACUCAGAACAGCGAGUACAGGCGUGGUCGAGACACGUACCAUAUUUUUGACAGGAAGUUCUUCCCGUGGAGUCCGGUGCGUGAAUGUGCCUGACUAGUUCACUUGCAACGGCCGACGGGUCUUGGGCUAGAAAAUGUGGAAUGGGAGAGGCAGAGCAUAAGACAGACAAAAGCGGUCCUCUGAGGCUUUGACAGAUAACUUAGAAGUGGAGGCAACAAUGCCCAACUCGGCAUUGCUGGGCAUCUGCACGUGGCGCCAUACAGGGACAGGUCGGUGGGGUAUACCUGACUCUGAGGUGGGUGAUAAUCAAGUUUGACAGGGGCGAUGUGUUGAAUUUACAGAACUGGAGCUACCCAAUACCAACUGCUGGCUUAGGCAGAAAUUUACAACAAGCAACAGAGGGAUCAGUUUCGGUUCCCUUCUGUAAUACCACAGGAAGCAUCUUUGAGUACCACCAAGAUUGGUCUAAGGGUUAGAAUACCCGAUGUUUUGGGUCUCACAGUGAUCAGGACACCAUGGGCAUUGAAACUCGAAACUCAGAGAGAUUGACUUUCUCCACGUUGAAUGCGG